AUGAAAGUGUUUAUCGCAAUCGCUGCCCUUCUGGCCGUGAGCAUGGCUGCUCCGGCACCCGCUACCGAGCAGACCGGAGCGUUCGGCAUGAUGGCCAAGUACUUCGGUUCCUGUCUGGAGAGCGACGACAUGGGCACCUGCUUUGCCGUCAAGGGUAUUACCGCACUGAACAGGGCGGCCCGUGCCGCCAACAUCGAGCUGGCACCUGGUGUCACUUUCGCAAGAGACCCAGCGGUACCGGCUGAGCGUACCGGAAAGGCCAUCUCGGAGAAUGAGAUCGUCAACACGCUGCCAACUGAUUCGGAACAGAAGACGGACGCCCUAUUUGACCUGGCGAUUGACUCCGCUAAGCGUCUGUUCAGUGCCCGCUCGAUCCAGUUCAAGCUGCCGGAGGAGACGACCGAGACGAUCGCCCGCUCGCUGGAGGAAGGUAGACUGCUGAAGAAAGGCAAGAAGCUGAAGAAGGUGCUCGGCCCGCUGGUUCUCGCUCUCGGUGGCAAGCUGUUCGCCCUGCUGCCACUGUUCCUCGGUGCCGUCGCACUGCUCGCCGUGAAGGCUCUGCUCGUCUCGAAGGUGGCGUUCGUGAUGGCUGCCGUACUGGCCGCCCAGAAGUUCCUCGGCGGCGGUGGUGGUUCUCCGCUGAAUCUGCUCUCCAAGGUCGCUGGUGGUUCGUCCGGUGGCGUGGUCGGAGGUGGUGCGUCGGCCGGAGCUGGCGGAUGGUCGUCGGGAGCUAGUGCCGGUGGCUGGUCCAACACUGGAGCCGCCUCCGCCCAGUACCCGUACGCUCGCAGCUACGAUACCGCCCAGGAACUCGCCUACAGUGCACAGGCGCCGUCGCAGUAA